GGUCACAGCGAUGGACGCGUCUCAAACGUAAACAGUGCUGCUCGUUUGGAGGGCAGAUAUGAAGCUUCUAUCCAGAGCAGUGCAGUCUGCUGUGGGUCAGAGGGAGUGGAGCCGCAGACACUUCUGGGGCUGGCUCAAUGCAGUGUUCAACAAGGUGGACUACGAAAGGAUCAAAGCUGUUGGUCCGGACCGAGCCGCAGCAGAGUGGCUGCUGAGAUGUGGUGCCAAAGUGAGGUUUCAGGGUUUCGAUCGCUGGCAGCACGACUACAACGGACUGCCAACUGGGCCUCUGGGCCGAUACAAGAUCCAGGCGAUUGACGCCACUGAGUCCUGCAUCAUGUACAGAGGGUUUGACCACCUGGAUGGUUUGAAACAUUUGGAGGAAAUCAAGUUCAACAAGUGUAGCUACAUCGAGGACACCUGUCUGGAGAGGCUGAGCUCCUUAGAGAAUCUGCAGGAGAGUAUGAACACGAUGGAGGUGGUGUCGUGUGGAAAUGUGACCGACAAGGGCCUCAUCGCCCUGCACCAGCUCAAGAAUCUGGAGUAUCUGUUUCUCAGUGAUCUUCCGGGGAUCCAAGACAGACAGACGACAGUCGACAGACUGAAGACGGCACUCCCACGUCUGGACGUAUCACUUGACCUUGACUGAUUGAGAAACAACUCCCUGUUAGUCAUAGUCGUAAAAGUAUGGACGCCCUUUUUAUUUUAUUUUCAAAGGACCCAGAGGCUGAUGAGCUUAUUUUGUUCAGAAUGUGUUUAUUUCAUUAAUCAUUAAGUCGUGUGGAGUCGUGUCACCUUUCUGCUUGAGAUAAUCAAGCUUUGAUGAAGAAACAGACCAGCAAAGAGGAAAAUUAAAGCACUUUAUAUAGUUGACACCACUUUUUCUCCAUAGAUUUAACUAUAUUGUAGUUUAUUAUAUUCUCAAGAUAUUAAAGGUAACUUCAUAUGUGGGUACAAAGAGAAAAAACAACUUGUUUAAAUGCAAAGGACUCUGAGUCCUUGAAAUCAUUUUUUCUUUAGAUUGUUUUGGCAUUUGUACAAUAUCUGAGGACAGACAGAUGGCUGUGAACAUUCUUAGCACCAAAGUUCCAGAGACGAUAAGUACAAUAUGUGUAUUGUUACUGCGUUAUGCUAGAAAAUGUGGGUUAAAGGAAUAUUCACUCCUGACGUCAAUAAAUAGUUUCAGA